AUGGGCGUGCCACACAUCACCUCCUUCUGCUGGUGCAUGGGACUCGAGGUCGGAGCCAAGUGCGUCGGCUUCGUACACCUGCUGGUAUCAUUCAUCCUGAUGAUCCUGUGCUCCGUGUUCGCGGAGAAUGUACGCGGCUUCGUGGGCACGGCGGAGGACGCCGGUGACGGCCUGUACGCCACCUGGUACAAGAUCGCCGUCACCACCGCCGUCGUCACCGUCGUGCAUGUCCUGCUCGCCUUCACACUGCUCUUCUCUGUCUUCAAGCGCUCGCCGCGCGGUAUCCGCGCGUGGGUGUGGGUGAUGUCUGCGCUGUGCGCGGCGGCGCUCGUGUGCAUCGUGGUGCUCGUGGCCACGCACGGCCUGUCCGGCUCCGGCUCCGACAUCUUCCUGUCCUUCCUCGAGGGACUCGUCUUCUUCGGAGUGAUGGCUUACUGCAUCCUGUGCGUGAACAGUUACUACUUGAUGUUGAAGAGUGCGGAGGACAUGGAGGGCCCGCACAAGUCUGUCUACUAG